CCUCUAUCUUCCCAACCUCUCAUCUUUUAACAAGAUGAUGAAGGGGUUAGAAUUCUCUGAAAAUUCUCCUUCUUUAUCCAUGGAGCUAGAAAAUAAAUCAUCAGGUGUAAGACCAUAUGUUAGAUCCAAAAUGCCGAGACUCCGAUGGACACAUGAUCUUCAUCGCAGCUUUGUCCAUGCUGUUGAGCGUCUUGGUGGAGAAGAUCGAGCAACACCAAAGAUGGUGUUACAGUUGAUGGAUGUGAAGGGCCUCACCAUAUCUCACAUUAAGAGUCACCUUCAGAUGUACAGAAGCAUGAAGCAUGAACAUAUGAUGCAAGUACCACCAACUCAUUUGACUUUUUGGUUAUUAGCAGAAGCAGAAGCUGCAAAUGGGAUUAAGAGGAACAGAAUGGAUGGUCCAGAUCAAAUGAAUUAUCCACAGAGAAACUUUCUUCAUCAUUACUAUAAUGGGAAUAUUAAUGGCAAAGCCUUUUUUGAUGGACGUCCUAAUUCGACAGUAACAACUAACUAUCUCGACCAAAUUGCCUCCAGCCCUACUGUUUUUCCUCCUCCAUGGAAACCUAUGCCACAGAAGAUGAUGGGAUUGGAAGGAGGAUCCAACCCACCUUGCAACAUGUUCAGGGAUUUCUUCAAUGACUGCAAUGUUCAAGAUGGGGAUGGGAAUAAAAUGGUACGAUCAUAUGGUAGCAGUUUGUCAAAUAAGAGUGCAGCUUCAAUGAUUGAAGAGGAAGACUCCCGUAGCACUAUGUCCUUAGAGCUAUCUCUCAGUUCAGAUAUCUCUCUUGACCUCACCCUUGGUUAAAAUCCUUUGGUCUCUUCUUUUCCCUCAAGAAAAACAAACUCUUUUAAUUAAUAUCCUUAUCAUAUAGUACUGUACUCCUUUUUUUUCUUUUGUCUUGGCUAAUCCAAGUAAUUAAGUAAACUUCUUGUUUUUGUUUAAACUAACCGAGCUAGUUAGCUAGCUAGGUUAAUUUUACAACUUUGUAACUUAAUCAGUUUUGUAAUCGAUCCAACUGAGACUGGCAAAGGG